AUGUCGUUUCGAUUGCUUCCCAAACGAAAAUAUGAUGAUGUGAAAGCAGGAAACUUUAUAAAUCCAGGAAAAGUACAGCUUGCUAAAAACAAUAGAAAAGAUAAACCUCAGAGCUCCCCAUACUUGAUAAACCAAGAUCUGAUGGACAAAGCGUUGGAAGCUAGUAAUUUGAAACAGCAGUAUAGCCCAAAUUUAACCAUUGUUGAAAUGGCGCCUGCGGCAGGUGUGAUGUCUACUUCUUUGUACAAUUAUUUCAAACCGAAAAAGCAUAUCCUUCUCGAGUCUAGAGACACAUUUUUUGAUCCUUUACGAAAACUAUCCAAUCAAACAGGUGGCCGAAUGCAGCUGAUAGAAAAGGAAGGAUUUAAGUGGAGUACAUACUCUGAACUUAUUCAAUCUCAAAUUUUACAGGCUACACGGCAAUCAGAAGAAGAGCAGGCUGCUUCUCCCCAUCAAGAACUGCUCUUUGCAGCUCAUGUCCCUAUUCAUUACUAUGGUCUUUUGUUUACUUCUCAAAUUGUAGAGUACCUUGCAAGCCGAGAUUGGCUUGGUUAUUAUGGAAGAGUCCGAGUGCUUUUAUGGCUUCCUCGCUCACCAGCAAUCACUAUUCUAACGUCUCAAGGGUUUCGGAAUAGAUCGAUGACAGCUGUACGCCGUGAAGCAUUUAUAGAUACUAGAGUGCUUGUAGGAAAUCAGUCUAUUCAUGAUGGUUUAAUGAAACGGUGUCCCUCCAAACCCAAAUAUUCCCAAUACCUUCCGAAGCCAAUAAUUCAACCCCCGGAUGAAUUAAAAUUUAUGGAGCCUCUUCAUGAUGGGCAUAUUUUAGUGGAACUUACUCCAAAACCCUUUGACAAUAGUCUUUCGUUAUCUUUAUUUACACAAGUGAUCAAAGGCCUACUGUACAUAUCUAGAGGAAAACUGAAAGAUUCUCUUGAACUCCUUGGUGCUGGUGCUACGAAUUUAAUUCCUGCAAUUCGAGAUGCAGGUGUUGAUGUGGAAUUACCCAAUUUUUGUUUAUCUGCUGAAGAUUUCAAAACAAUUACUCGCAUAUAUGAGCGCUGGCCAUUACGAGAUCCUCUUAAAGAAGAUGAAUGUGUGUAA